AUGCUCCAGAAGGUUCUACUACGACCCAUGACCAGCGUUCCAUGCGCACACGAAUUCACCAUUUCGUACCGAUUCCCAUCGUCGUCUGGGAGUCCAUCCCCUCCCCCCAUCGUACCAUCGUCGCCCGAUCUGGCGCAUCAAAACCAACCCGGGCCCUCCGACCCCUACCUCGCCCUCCCACCGCCUGAAGACGAGAUCCCCGACCUCGACGAACUGCCCUCCGAACAACCACCCUCGCCUCCACCUCACACGCCUGCCCCUACCAUGUCAGGGCAUCACCGCAUCACCCUCGCCGCCAACCCCCCCUACUUCGAUGGCGACAAGUCCAAAUACCUGGGCUUUGUGGACGCGUGCACCACUUACAUCGGUGCCUAUCGAUCGGAGUUCUCACAAGAUGAGACCAAAAUCCUCUUUGUCCUCUCCUACCUCCGUCACGAGAACGGCACGAGCUGCGCUGCCUCGAGAUGGGCGAUGAACUGGAAGCAGCACAACUUCGAUGGCUUCCAGGGACUGAAGGCAGGAGUCACAUCAAAGAACUUCCUGGAGGAGUUUCAGAGGGCGUUCGGGGACUCCAAUGCGGAACAAGUCGCCGCUGCUCGGCUUAUGGCCCUGCGUCAAAACAAACGGUCCUUCGCGGACUACAUCUCCGACUUUGAGAUGUUGGCCGCGGAUGCAGGCUACAAUGUGGUUGACACCACCGACGACAAAGGCGAAUACAAGAAGGGGGACCAGGAUAAUAUCCUCAUCGAGUUCCUGGAGCGCGGACUCAGCAGCGAGAUCGCCAGCCGUCUCUACAACACCGGUGUCCCUCUGCCCAAGGCCUAUGGAGCGUUCAAAGCCUGGUGCAUCAACAUCGAAGCCAAUGCUCUGCGUGACCAGCUGCGCAAAGCGUCGUAUGGGCACCCCACACAACGACCACCUCCCCAGUUCCGUCCCCAAACGGCACCAGUGGCGCCCACACCCGCUCCGGCCCGACCCGCUGCCAACGAACCGGUUCCGAUGGAAAUCGAUCGUACCCACGCCCGCGGCCGCAAUAUCAUCUGCUACAACUGUCAGCAGCCCGGGCACAUUGCGCGGAACUGCCCGGAGCCCAAGAAGAAGCGCACGUUCUUCAAUCGGGCCACAAUGCUGGAAGAAAUCGAGAACGGGGACAAGGACAACGAGUUCCUGAAGGAGAUUGCCGAGAAGCUGUGCGAGAAGGGUUUUUGA